AUGGCUCCAGUGAAGCGGGAAAUUGUGGACGAUGCUUUUCCCGAAGAAUACAACCAUCUCAGCAAGAGAUCUAAGCAACCCUCUUCUCUUUCGAGAAUUGGGUUGACUAGAACGGUUCGUUUUGAUGAGGAAUUAUUGAUUUUGUUGAUCGUUAAUCGUCAUGAAACUGUUUAUUUGCAGAAGAAAAGUUUAGAAACAGGUGGGUUUCUAAACCCUUCAUCUCAGUACAAUCCUCUUGAUGAACCGAGUCCAUUGGGUUUGCGGCUAAGGAAGAGUCCUUCUCUUCUGGAUUUGAUACAGAUGAGGCUUACUCAAGGGAAUAUUAAUAAGAUUGGAUCAUUAACUAAGGAGGAGCAAAAGGCUGCAGUAUCUUCUACAUCUGAGAAGCUGAAAGCUUCUAAUUUUACUGGUUCUUUAUUGAGGAUUGGUUCCUGGGAGUAUAAGUCAAAACAUGAAGGGGAUUUGGUGGCGAAAUGUUACUUUGCAAAGCAUAAGCUUGUAUGGGAAGUUCUUGAUGGUGGUUUGAAGAAUAAGAUUGAAAUUCAGUGGUCAGAUAUAAUGUCAUUAAAGGGUAAUUACCCAGAUGAUGGACCUGGGACUUUGGAUUUAGUGCUGGCUAGGCAACCUCUUUUCUUUAGAGAGACCAAUCCACAGCCUAGGAAGCAUACUUUGUGGCAGGCAACUACUGAUUUUACGGAUGGGCAAGCAAGCGUGCAUAGGAAACAUUUUCUACAGUGCCCACCGGGCUUGCUAGGCAAGCAUUUUGAAAAACUUAUUCAAUGUGAUCCCCGCCUUAACUUCCUAAGUCAACAAAAAGAGGUUGUUCUAGAAUCUCCUUGUUUUGAACCCAUAAUUCCCAUGUUUGAUGAUUCAAACAAAGCAAACACGACAUUUGGUGGGCAAGGCCAGGACUACUUAGAUUUGAGCAACUGUGGAUCACAAUUUCUUCAUGUUCAAACUUCUCCUGCAAAGGAGGAGAAACACAGUCCUACUUCUAGACAUAUGAGAAAUUUUCCACAUUAUGGGCCUUCUCAUAGUUCAUCAGUAAUGGACAGCAAUGCAAUAGAAGAAUUCAGGGGCAAAAAAGCCGAGGAGCUGAAAGGACUUUUCAAACAAGAUCGAUUCAAGAUGUCUGGUCUCAAUCCCUCCAUGUCAAUGAAUGAUCUAGUGAGCCAUAUUGAAAACCAAAUCUCAGAAAAAAAAUCAUCAUCCUCACUUUCCACAGAAGAAAGGCAAAGCUUAGAGAUUCUGGAGGAAAUUAGUCAAUGCUUAUUCAGCGAUUUCCAAUGCACAUCAGCAUCAGAACAAUCUAUCAUGAAAAGGGUCAAUUCCCUUUGUUGCCUUAUGCAGAAGGAUCCUCCUAUAGUACAGGCUAAGGUUAACAAACACAAUAAUAAUAUGACCAAACCUGCUCAAAAGAUGUCGAGAAUAGAUUCACUUGGUGAGUUGCUGGCUAAUCUUCCGAAAAUUGCUUCUCUCCCACAGUUCUUGUUCAACAUUCCAGAGGAUUCCAAGAUGAACCAAACUAGAUAACCUUAAAUUUGUUGUCGGAAAAACUUGUUCUAGUAAAUGAAUGGUUGUUAAAGGAUUCUGAAAUCGUUAAGUUAUGUAUAGAUAAUAGGUUCUAAUGUUGCUUUAGUUUUAAAUGUACAAGGAAUACAGUAUGUAUAGUUUCAAUUGUAAAAAUAUAACGGAUGGCAAUUUAAGUAGG